ACUCCUUUUGUACGGAAUCUUGGUGACCUUUUAUGCAAAAUCGUACGCGGGCUUUGACAUCGAAACACGUUUAGCGUUUGCGCCGCGUCCAAACCCUAUGAAGCCGCCACCCUGUUGUCACCGCCAACCCAAAUAUAGUGUUGCUUAAGCGCAACGCCCGCCCCUUGAAAUACCGGCUAAAUUAUGAUUUUCUGCUCUCUUCCACUUACCCAAUCUCGACAUCGACUCUCGACACUUGUCAUUCCUCUUUCUCGGCCUCGGAAACGUGUUUCUCGAGUGGUUGAUCCUCGUUUUUUACUGCCACAACAGAGCACGUUACAUUCCUUUUUCUCUCGGACCCAAUUCUUCUCCAUUCUCAUCCGACUUCCCCAAUCCGACCUACGUCCGACAUGCCUAGUCCACCUCCGCAGCUAGUAUUCAGCAACGAUAUCGCUCACAUGGAUGAAUGGGCUAAGCGCACCGGCAUACCGCUCACGACUGCCGACGCGUUGGGGACCAACUAUGCACGGGCUAGGAAAUGGCUGCAACACAUUCGGUCGCAGCUAGUUCAAACCCACGGAUGGAGUGAUGUCACACCAAUUGGACCCCGUCUUCUCUUCGACAUCGAAUGUCCUUCCCCAUACCGUUCGUCGGGCGGUCUGCCACGCAGUCCAAAUAUGCGUCUGCAGAUCCCUGCCAAUGCCUCUACCUUCUUUUCACGUGAGCGACGGGUUCAAUGGGAGAUGGUAUUCCAUAGCGCGCUCUUUCCCGCAAUGCGACAUAGCGUCCCGGCCAUUGGGGAUCUUCUCCAUCUGCUUCAGUGUCUCCUAACCGGGAUGCUGGUGCUUGUGAAGGAGGAGCAAGUACCAGGAGAGGGUGUCUACAGGACGAUUCGAGCGUUGCCUCCCGCGGACUGGGUGGGCGCCCAUGAGUCCCAGUUGACGGAAAUAUUUGGUUCCGCUCAUUACAAGCAACUGUUCCGUGCCGCAAGCGACAGCAGAAUUGCGUUCAAGCUGGAACGCGAUCCCCAACAUUAACACGACCUUGCAUGCAUUCGCUUUCAAAAAUCUCGAACCCUUGUCGACGUUCUCGCGCCGAACUUGCCGCAGUCAUGAUCGACCGGGUUGUCUUCUUCCACGAUCGAUGAUCCAGGGAGGACAAACCUCCUCCUUCCAUACAUUAUUCGUCUUUCCGGACAAUGUGGACUCUGCCUUUAUUCCUUCACUACCUAAUUUUCCGUAAUGCUUGCUAUUCUUCGGUUGUCAUUUGUUUUCAUUGCUUUCUGCCCCCACAUCUUACAGUGAUCUAUUUAAUACGCAUAGACUAAUAGCUUCUUUAUUCACCUAUUUAUACUUGCUCACCCUCCACGCUUUCUGUUAUUCGCAUGGUCGAACUUUGCUUCUUGCACAUUUGUAUCAAAGCUUUCGUCGUCAUGUUACGCAACCUCGUAGUCUAUAAUAUGUCGUUUAGAUCGUCUUUAUCUCGUAGUAUAGUACUUUGUCCAUGCGUAUGCAUAUGCCCUGUAACUUCG